AUGGUUGCAUUAUCCGCUUCCCUUGGCACUGGAUCUUUCAAAGAUGCACAUCGGGGCUUCCUGACCCUCACCCCCCUUGCUCCGAAUGGACUUGGUAGUUGCACCAACCAACGUGUUGCUGUCAAGCGCAUGACUCAAGGCAGAGAUGAAUGGGGCAGCGCGAGGCGAUUCGAUGUCUCAGCCAAGUAUUGGCACACCAUCGGGGAAUGCAAUCUACUCCUUUGGGCUAUCUCUCUCUUCGAUCUUUCCCUCUCAUUCAUUGAUCAUAAACUAGCAAAGACAGGGCCUCCGCCACCAAGCCUUGUUAUUCCAAACAUUCACUUUGUGGAGGGGGGCAUUGCCUUGGUUCACGAGUCCACUGUUGGGAAGAAUGUUCAAACUGCAUCCUCGCACCGCUGA